AUAAUUCUAAAUCAUUCAAAAAUGCCUAUAACGGCUAUAGGACUUGAAGGUAGUGCUAAUAAGUUGGGAAUAGGUAUCAUGAGAGAUGGUGUAGUUCUUUCCAAUCCCAGGCACACAUAUGUGACUCCUCCUGGUGAAGGAUUUCUUCCUAGAGACACUGCUAAUCAUCAUAGAGAUUGGGCGCUAAAGAUACUGAGACAGGCUUUGGAUGAAGCAAAUGUCAAACCAUCAGAAAUUGACUGCAUUUGCUAUACAAAGGGUCCUGGCAUGGCUGCUCCACUGUUAAGUGUCGCUAUUGUUGCUCGAACUAUUUCACAACUUUGGGACAAACCUCUCAUUGCUGUGAAUCAUUGUGUCGGCCAUAUUGAAAUGGGCAGAUUAAUCACUGGCAGCAAAAAUCCUACAGUGCUGUACGUUAGUGGUGGAAAUACUCAGGUAAUUGCUUAUUCAGAUAGAAGGUACAGAAUAUUUGGAGAAACUAUUGAUAUUGCAGUUGGGAAUUGUUUGGAUAGAUUUGCAAGAAUAUUAAAAAUUUCUAAUGAUCCAAGUCCUGGUUAUAAUAUUGAACAACUUGCAAAGAAAGGAUCAAAAUACAUUGCUUUACCAUACACUGUAAAAGGAAUGGAUAUAUCUUUCUCAGGAAUUUUAUCACACAUAGAAGAGAUUGCAAAAAAGCAGUUGAAAAGUGGUGAAUGUAACCCUGCAGAUUUAUGUUAUUCACUUCAAGAAACUAUAUUUGCGAUGCUUGUCGAAAUAACAGAGAGAGCCAUGGCUCACUGUGAAUCACAAGAAGUUUUGAUAGUCGGUGGUGUGGGAUGUAACGUAAGAUUACAGGAAAUGAUGGGGGUUAUGGCUGAGGAAAGAGGAGCUAAAUUGUUUGCUACAGACAUGAGGUUUUGCAUUGAUAAUGGAGCUAUGAUCGCCCAAGCUGGGUGGGAAAUGUUUCGAUCUGAUCCAAAGCGACACAUCACACCAAUAGAAAAGUCAACAUGCACUCAAAGGUUUAGAACAGACGAAGUAGAAGUCACUUGGAGAGAUGACUGAUAUUGGAAACUGUAGAAGUUGUAUUAGCCGUGUAUUGGCAGAAUGGAGCUGCACGGUCGGGAGGUCUUGGCGCAGCAGGAUGGGCCCUAUGGAUGUUGGGCAAGACACACUGAGAUUGGAUAGAACUGAAGGGCUAUUCUGAAUUACAUGAAAAAACGUCAACUUAUUUGAAGGCUGAAACAAUGGCAAAAUAGCAUGUUAUUCAUUUACAAUGGGUUCGGUAACCUUUUUUCGUUCACGGGCCACACAUAUUUUUAGGAAGUAAAAAAUUGAACGGAUGGCCGAUUAAUCAAAAUUUUUUAACACUAAUCAAAGGUUGAAA